CUAGCCAUGGCUGCGCCGGUCCCCGCGCCGCGGAUCCUGUUGCUGCUGCUGCUGCUACCGCCGCCUCCGGGUGCCCAUGGUGAGAUGUGUGUGACUUCCCCUGGAUUCAACCCCGAGUUCUGUCCGGUUUUCUGCUGUGGUACCUGUAACAACCAAUACUGCUGCUCUGACAUACAGAAGAAAAUGGAAUGGAGUGGGGAAAACUGUGCUGUGCCUGAGGCCAGCAUGCCCAACGGGGAGCCACUGGAACAACUGGACUCGCCGCUGAGGUUUCGCUCUAGCAUGGACAGCGACCCCAUGUCAGGGUUUGGAGCGACCGUAGCCAUCGGCUUGACCAUCUUUGUGCUCUCUGUCGUCACCAUCAUCAUCUGCUUCACGUGCUCCUGCUGCUGUUUGUACAAGAUGUGCCGCCGACCACGUCCGAUCGUGACCACCACCACGGCCACCACUGUGGUGCAUGCCCCUUACCCUCAGCCUCCAAGUGUGCCACCCAGCUACCCUGGACCAAGCUACCAGGGCUACCACCCCAUGCCUCCCCAGCCAGGGAUGCCAGCAGCACCGUACCCAACACAGUACCCACCACCCUAUCCGGCCCAGCCGAUGGGCCCACCAGCUUACCAUGAGACCUUGGCUGGAGGUGCAGCUGUGCCCUACCCUGCCAGCCAGCCUCCUUACAACCCGGCCUACAUGGAUCCUCCAAAGGCAGCCCCCUGAGCAUACCCCUGCCUCUGGCUGCCACCUGACUCUAUCAUGUGUGAGUGAUAUGCGGGCAUAGUUCUUUACUGUCCUGUGCAUGGUGUGUGUGUCCUAUCUGUACGUGUGGCUUCCUCUGAUGCCAAUGAGGUUAGGCCAAUCCUUGCCAGAGUGGGCUAGGACCAAACUUUGCUCUCCUCCUCACUUGAAAUUGCUUCCUAAAAUCUCAAGCCAAACUCAAAGAAUGAGAUGGGAGUUCUUUUCCCACUCAACAUAGGGUGACCAGGCAUGGCCUGUCACCCUAAGGUAGAACAGCUUUUUGUGGGCAUGAUGCAGAUGUGUCCUGGAUUUGGUAGAGCAGCUAGCUGCUAUUCAAGGCCAUGGCUUGUCCCCAGUGCCCUUCUCAGAACCAGGGCCAUGAUGCUGGCAAGUAGGCGGAGCUUGGGAUCUCACCAAGUUGGGUUUGAUCCUUUGGGCAGAUAUCCCAUUGCUCCCUGGAGCCUGGGCCAUGCCUAGUAGGGUCAGGCAACCGGCUGAUGCCAGAACACCUCAGGCAGAGCCCUACUCCACCCCUGACAGCUGUCUAACUAGACAGUCCCUGCAUCAUUUCCAGGACCACCUGAAAGUCCACAUUCACUCACGGCCUGCUGCCCAUGGGGUAGCUUUCCUGGCCUUGCUAGCCCCAGCCCCUCCCACAGGUGGGCAGUGUGACCUCUGUCCACCAGCACACUCAGGUCUCCCUGAAGUGUUUUUGUUUUAUUUGUAGCCAAGCAUUUUGCCUGUUUUUGGUUUUGAAAUGUGUAUGAUAGUUGAUGUGAGACCGAAACCCCUGGGUCCUGGAGGAAGUUGGCCUGCAGAGGAGAUGGUCAACCUGACAACUCUCAUAGUCUCCAUUUCCCCUGACACCAGCCUCAUGGAAUAUCCAACUCCUGUAUCCCAGUCCAAAGUUUGUCCUAGCAGCCGGGACAAGGGGCCAUCUGGACCACAGUUGGGAUGGGGGAAUCCCAGGGGGCAACUCUGGCCUAGACAUAAAUACCUCGAUGUUCCCUGUCCCUCUCUUUAUGUUUCACCAAAUCUGUCUUAGCUCUGUAUCUGUUGAUGUGUUUCUGAGAGUCUAGGGUCUGCACCCUUGUUUAUAAUAAACACAAACAUUUGGA